AUGAACACUACCCAAAUAAGAAGAGUCUCAAGACUCAACUGGGCCGUUGCGCCGUCCGCUCGCAGACAUGCACACAGCAAAGCACAACAAAAGGCACAACCUCGACCUCAAAGACCAAGUCCGAGUCGACGACCUCUACCUCCACAAAGACCAACCCCCAAACCAGAACCCAUACUCCCAGCACACCCAAACUACAAAGGUCCCACCAUGUCACCCCGCCUUAUGACCUUCCUCGGCGUCUCAGUCCUCGGAAUAAGCGCCUACUGUGGCUUCCUAUACGCAUCGUACAGUCGCGAAGUCUCAAAAGCCCAAGCUAUGAACACACCCACCGAUGUCUCAGACCGAUACAACACCACCGCCCCAACCUUCGACGCGGAGGUCGAGAUCUCCGAAAAAGCUAUGCGCAUGGGCUCUAAGCGCGCAGCUCUGGUCAAGCUCGCACGCGGCGAUGUCCUCGAGAUAAGCUGUGGUACAGGUCGAAACCUCGAGUACUAUGAGCUUGGCGAACGCCGUGGAACAGACGAUGCAGGUCGCGCGGCGAUAUUGGGAUGUCGGUCACUUACGUUGGUGGAUCUUAGUCCGCAGAUGGUUGGUAUUGCGGAAGAAAAGUUCAAGACCUUGCAUCCGGAGUAUGAACAGGGAAAUGAGAAGGAAAAGGUUCGUCUUAUGCCUGUUUCGUUUCGGGCGGAGGAUGCGGCUUCUGUUACUGUUGCGGAACCUGUGAAAUGUGUCAAUGGUCAGGACUUUAAGGGUUCUUACUAUGAUACUAUUGUGCAGACUAUGGGAUUAUGCUCCAUGCCUGAUCCUGUGGGGACGUUGAGGCAUUUGGGUGAGAUUACGGAGCCGCAGAAUGGGAGGAUCUUAUUGUUGGAGCAUGGAAGAUCCCAUUAUAAUUGGUUGAAUCGGAUUCUGGAUAACUUGGCGCCUGCGCAUGCGGAUAGACAUGGUUGUUGGUGGAACCGUGAUAUUGGGGCGAUUGUGAAGGAGAGUGGGCUGGAGAUUGUGGAAGAGAAACGGUGGCAUUUUGGGACAACAUGGCGGUAUGUGUUGCGACCGAGGCAGGGAUCUGAGAAGUCUUGA